AUGUCCGUUGAAGAAGCAGGUAAAAGGAAAUCCAAGGCCAUAGCUCAGCUGGACCUACACAAAGGGGCACCAUCGCCAGAGAAUAACAGCCAACAAAAACAAGGUCCACCCAAGGAGUCUUGGAGCCAGCCGGUUAUGAAUAACACUAGCAACAAGGACAAAGGGAAAGACAUUAUAACCCUAUUGGGGGAUGUGGGAGGUGCCAUGGAGGUUCCACAACCUGGGAAAAGCCUACCCCAAGUGGGAAAUAUGGAUGCCAACAGCAGCAGUGCCAUCAAGUCUGUUAACAACCAGUGUCCAAAUGGGCCAGAAGAUGAAACCCAGGGAACUCAACAAUACCAGGUGUGCUGCAAAUUGAAGAAAAUCAAGGAUUCCUUCAAGGCAAAGAGCAGAGAGCUUGGUGAUAUUUCAGAGAGGGCGAAGGAAGCAAAAGAGGCCGUGGAAAACUGCCAGAGAAGGUUAGCUACUGAUCCACUUAACAAUAACCUGAGACUUGAGGAGAAGCAACCUCUUGCCACCUACUCAACUGCUGCUAGAAAUGAGGAUUCCUUCCUUAAACAGAAAUCCUUCCUAUUUCUUGCUAGAUCUCCUUGUUCCUUUCUCUUGUCUGUUAGAGAUAGUUAG